AUGCCAGAGGAUCCUGAGAGAUGGGAGACAUCCACCAAACCCACCAUUACCAUGGACUCCGCAGGCGCAAAGUCGACCUUGUCUCGUGACAUGGAAGAGCUCACUCAGGGCAAGGAGACCAUUUCUCACUCCGUUGCUGGCCACAAGGCGGACCUGUCAAACCCAAACACGAGUGAAGCCUCGAAGGAACACAGCCGCCAGGUCAUUGACAAGAUGGGUGGAGACGCAGCACACUACGGGGAUGAAAAAGACCCGCGAAGCAAGAGCGCUGCUGAGCAGCUCGACGGAAGUCGCGCCAUGACUUGA